UCUGUGUGUGUGUGUGUGUAUAGCUUCUUUUUUUUCUCUUCCGACGAUGCUGAGAAGAGACGAGAAUUGCGAAUUCAACGCUGCGAUCGUCGCUGGAAUAUAAUUCAUCUCACUUUUUGCUCGCCUAAAAAGACCGCAUCGGCUCUGUAAAAUCUCCUCCGCCAAAUCCGUCGCUUACACACGCACACAUUCGCGACUUUCGCAAGGCCGCGAUUCGCCUACUUAUUUCUGUUCGCGACGGCUCUUUUUCCGUUCGUAUAUAGCUAUACUAGCUGCUGUAUGUAUAGAAACGCGUCGCGCAAACAUCGAGGGAAAGAUGUGCUCUAUGGUGUGUCGUGCAGCGUAGAGUAUGUCCUUGUGCUAUGCAGCGUUUGAUUUUUAAUACGUAUCCUGUCGGAAAAAACUAGAACGUGUGUGAGUACAUACACGUGGCUUUUUUUUGUUAAUGAUAUAAUCGAUGAUCGUUUCUUGCUUGUGCGCGAGUAUGUUUCUUUGGGACAUGACGACGCUUCGCCUUGGAAAAUCACGCCUCGGAAUAGAACGCGAUUUUUCACACACGAGCUAUUACAAAAAUCAAACUUGACCUCUUCCAUUGCCGCAGAAAUUGAAAAAAAGCGAAUCGAAAGCAACCUGCACCGGCUCAUUCGUCGUUCCCUCGACCCACAUACUCCCGUCGCGGAAAAGUGCGUACGAAAGAAGGAAAAAAGGAUGUAUACGUGCAGGCGUUACUCGAGAUUCUCGGAGUGAAAUGACGCUGUAUAUCGGUCUCUGAAAAACGGGACAACCGGUUCGGAGGAGAAGCUCUAGGCGACCGACGACGAGUUUCCUCCUCCCAUAUAAGAUCGCCUCGUAAAAUUUCCAACUCUCGGCCAAAAUAAUUCUCUCGUACAGCCUUAAGCUCAGAUAUUGGUAUAAGUACACUCGGGAUCGAAAAUUUCGAAAAUCACACUGGAAGCCAUCCGGCAAAGGAAGUAUAAGGCCGCCGCGCCUAUGCGAGAGUCCUAUAGCUCGUGAUAUCGACAUAAAUGGCCGCGUGUGCGCUGCUGUGUUAUACCGUUACUUAGGCGCUGCACUCGCGAGAGAGAGAGAGAGAGAGAUGUAAAUUACACGCGACGUGGAUAUAGAAGGACGAGAGUGUUGUGGUGUACGGGAUGAUUUGCAUAUUCGCUUGGUAUUAUCGCGGAUAUUUUAUAAGGGUUUCGCGCGAGAUUUUGGAUUAUUCGAAAGUACAAACGACUAUAUCUGUGAUUUCAUAAACUGGGCUUGAACAUUUUAGCUUGAACUUACUGUUACCUAAGCGUAGAAAGUCAAUCUGCGGCGAACGUUUAAGUUAUAAUUUUUAAUCAAGAGGAGAGCUCGCUAUAUACGCCGUGACAUCGGAUUUAAAAAAAAAAGAUGUCGAUGUCUGUGCACUACUGUGACAUCAUCGAGGAUUUUUGUAAUGCGCCGCGCGAUAUAAUACCGUCGUAAAUUUAUGCUCGAAAGCGACUUCGCUCGUUAUUCAAAUGUGCGCCGUAAAGAAAAACUGAUAAUUCUGAUGUGCGAAUUGAGAAACUGUACACCUGUUAACACUCGGAAACUUAGUAGCAGAUAAAAGGCUCGAAGAACUUGAAAAGAUCCUUUUUCUUUGCCUUCCGGCGUGGAGAAAAGAGGGACGGAAGUGUCGGGGGAGAAAGACAAACACAGAGACGAGAAGAGGCUGUGCGUAUAACGGUAACUCUUUUCCGGCGAUUCAUCGGUGACGCUCUCAUUAAUCCAAGAAAGAGCGCACUGAUUAACCGGAACCAUCGAUCCAACCCAGCUGAAAUACACAAUAAUCUCUCUCGCCAAUAACGCGAAAUUUCGCCGAAACAUCAUAAAAACCGACGCCUCUCUUACGUAAUGCCGCAGUUGAGAGAUCAUUUAUUCUUACACUCCUCGACUAGAUACUAGAGAGAGAGAGAGAGUUAAUAUUAACGCUAAUUACAGAUACUCUUCUCACCGUAAAAACGACAAUUUCGCAACAACAAUACCGAUGCGUAGUCGUCCUCGGGAUCAACAGGGAAAAGAAAUGAAACCAACGCCGCGGUGACACAGAUGCGAAUUGUACAGAAGAGUCGCUCUCUUCGGCGCUGCAGCAUGUAGGUCAUUGGCUCUUUCUCGUCGUGGCCGGCGGCGUCGUUCCUCCUCUUAUUCUCGCUCGCCGUGCAGAGGCGCGGCUCUCUCUCUCUCUCUCUCUCUCUCUAUACACGCGCGCCUUGCGUUAUACAUCCGACGCCAGAGUCGAAGACGAAUCGAAGGGCUGUUAUACACGACUGACCGGAAACGAGGCUCUCGGUGUGGGUGUUUAUAGGAAGAAGCUCCGAGUCGAUGAUGUCAUGGCCGAGAAUAAUUGGUCUACGGCUUUUAGGGGAAUUGAAUUUUCUCAUCGUAUUUACGAACUGUCUUGCGGGAGAGAUUGAUAUUUAAUGGAGCGAAGAACGAAAUUUAGGAGAGUCGUGCGUGUAUAUAUAGGCGACGCUUGUUUUCGCCUAUUUUUAGCGGCGAGACGAGGCGCGGCGCGGGACUGUAAGCCGUUUUCAUAGCGAGAUGCGGCUAUAGAGGUUUUCGAGAUGAAAAUGCCGGUUUUCUGCGAUUAUUCGAUCGAUGUGAGUAUGCUGGAGCGACCGAUGGAAAAUAUAGGUUUGGUUUAAUGAAUAGCUGUAGCUGGAUUUCUCGAAGUACUAAUUACCGCGUCGUUAUUCUGAAAUCUUUAAUAAUCCACUUUAACCGCACAUGUGCGCAUAAAUACUGUGAUAUUUAUCUAUAAAAAGCGUACUUUACUAACUCAAAAUUUACAAAACCCAAAACAAAACGAGCAGACAGAGUAAAUAAAUGUGUAACAGAACACCGUCUCUCUCUCCCUCUCCACAUCAACAAGUUCUAAACGACCGCUCGAUGCACAUCGCGCCGACGUCGCUAUCGUUUUUCUUCGUCGCAGCUCUUUUUUUACCAACAUUUAUAUUUAGCCACGUGACAUUCGCGCGCCGACGGCGCUGUAUUGGUGUAGCUCAGCGAGAAAAAAGAUUCUUCCAGCCUCGAGACACGAUCGAUGCACGAUUCACUCGUCGCUGAUGUAUGUUUUGCUGCAUGGAAGAAUUACUCGAAUUACAUGAACUUUUUACACAGAAAAUGAAAAAGUAAAGCGUAAAAUACAAUCCAGAUGCAAUAACGUGUCCCGUAUGCCAUUCUGUUUAUUUUCGAUUACCGCCACAAGUAGCCCAUUUAGACCCGCCACUUAUUUUUAUUCUCAGUCUACUCCGCGCGCAUUUAGCCGCCGGUCUUUUACUUUUUGCACGACUCUCUCGUGCUGUUCUUACAUUAAGCACAUGCACAAGCUGUCGUAGUUUUGCACCUGCAUUACUCUCAAAGUCUAUAUUCGAACGAGUAGUUCAUUAUCUUUUUACGGCCUUAUAUAAACAGGCCGAAUUCGGAAAGGCAAGAGUGUGACCAGACUGACUAUAUAACAUUUAUCAAUCGAAAAUCUAAUUUUACCCAUAUACACGUAUAUCGUCCAACACAGACAUACACGGCGCUAAAUAAGAAACCUCACUCGUGGUGAAAGUGAAAUUCUUAUACACAUAUCCGAGUCCAGUUGAACUGCAUACCGCCGUCGGCAACAUCACAAUGCACCGACGGCAGGUUCUCGCGUGCGGUUCUUGUUGUUACUACCGGUGAUUACGUUCUUAGCGGCGCUUUGAGUCUGAAAACGAGAGGAGAGAACUUUUUGCGGAAGCUAUGCUUUACAUUGUGGCUAUGUAACGCACAGGCACAUACAUCAGCGCGUCUGCCUUUACUCGUAUACUUUUACGAGAAAGUUUGACGGCGAAACUGAAUUUUCACAACGAGACACCUGCGUUGUGCGUAUCCACGCGGCGGCAAAGUUGGAUCGAUCGCCGCCGCCUGCUCGGCGCCUGUGUACGUAUAGCUUCCAGUCGACAUGACGGCUCCGAGCUUGAAACGCACACCCCCGAGGAUAUCCGGCGCCGAAAUCGUGCGUCUGACGCGACAGCAGCAGCUGAGACUGGGCUGCGCUGUCGAGGUGCACGUCUUCCUGGAGUGUCCCUACGCUUUUGUGCCCAGGAAGCUUUUGCUCGAAGAAGCGAACGAGACUCUCGCAGCGAAGAUCAAGGCGUUUGACGUGGACGACCUGCUGCUGGGGUACUCCAAGGAGAAGAUCGAGACCGAGGAUUAUGGAGACUUCCUGGUCUGCCUAACGGAGGAGUCGACCCGGGCGCUGGUGUUCCACAAUCGCAGAGUCACCAAGAAUCUCCUCGACCGUGUCCGCGACGAGAUUAUCAAGCAGCCGAGACCAUGGCUGGACCAGGGCUCCGGAGACUUUCUCAACGACGCUUUCCUCCGCUCCAAUCGUCCGCUGCACGAGAUAGAUGUUGCUCUGCCGGUCUCGGAACUCCGGCGUCGACGGAAACUCACCGACCGUCCACCCGAUCAUCCGAACCUCAGGGACGGCUACAUCGAGUUGGUACCCGUUCACGAGAGCUUCGAACACGUGGAGCUGACGAGGAUCGAGAAGACGUGUCAGACGAACCUCGAGGGCAGGGACGUCGUGGCGCAGACGUAUCCGGGUAAUCCCAAGAACCAGUGGACCCAGUACGAGCUUGAGAUCCCCGAGGAUUUCGUCGAGAUCUGGACCGUCGUUGAGAAGGAAGAACAGGAGAACCCAAAGGACGAGCAGCAGAGCGAACGCUCAAGCUCAUCGUCGAACAGAGAAGAGGAGAAGAAGCCGACGAAGGAGGAGAUACAGCUGCUGCAGAAGAGAAGAUCAGCCGAAUGGUGUGAGUUGAACGAUUUCCUGAAGAAGAACUCCUGCAGUAUGAUCGACGUUGUGGCGUUCAACGCGUCGACCAACCUCCACACCAACGAUGUUGCGAACCUUGACGGGGCAGCUCUUCACCGGGACUCGAUCUUUGUCGAGUCCCCUGGAGACUACGAAGAGAAGGUCAGUCUGAUCGACCUGAAGAGCGUCGGGGACAGGUACCUGAUAUCUGCUUCCUGGCACUGCGAGAUGGAGAACGUCAUCGUCUGCGCUUACCUGGACCCUGAGGCUAUGGGACAGUCCCUUCUGGCUCUGUGGUCGCUGGACAGUCCGCUGAGACCGAGAGCCCUUUUGAAGUGCGAGGAGAGACUCGCCGUGGUGUCGUUCUGUCCUUUGAAGGGGUUCGCGAACGUCAUCGUUGGAGGCUGUGCGGAUGGGAAGAUCGUGGUGUGGGAGAUCAACGAGCGUAUGCUGACUGGCGAGGACGUCAGUCGCAAUCGAACACCACCGCUGAUAGAAGCGACGAUCGCCGCAUCCGGAGAAAAAUCCCAGACUCGGAGCGUCACUAUGCUGCAGUGGCUGCCGCCCUGGUGCCGUCUUGAAACCGACGGUAACUUCCAGCGCAACACGGGCAACUCUCGCAAGGCCUACUUCGUCACGUCCUCCUUCGACGGCAGCGUCUUCUUCUGGAGCCUCCCGCCGGCUCUGUCAAAUCCUGCCGAGCUCCGAAGUCCUCUCCACCUGACGAUCUCCCCGAUCUACCAGCUGAUCGUCGAAGACCAGAACGCGAAGACAGCCACGCGCAUACCGAUCACCUGCUUCAGUCUCCCGCUGGCGAAGAACGAGGAGUCCUCGAACCUGAGCAUACGGGACCAGGCCGAUCUGGAAAGACUCAGACGGAUCUUCUUGGGUACCAGCCUGGGAGAGGUGUUGUGCUGCAGUUGGGAGAGCCAGACCUUCGCGGUUGACCUUACCGAUCGCGAGAGCUGCAAGGUGAUCGGCAGGUGUUGCUGGCACGACGGAAUCGUCAGGAGCAUGACCAAGUCACCGCAUCUCGACGACGUGUUUUUAACCGUCGGCGGAAGGGUGUUUGCCUUGUGGAAGGAGGACCUGGCCGAGGCGCCGAUCUUUCAGAGGAGAUCGUCGGACUGUGGUUACGGAGAGGGAUGCUGGACUGGCAGGUCAGGACUUUUUGCGAUCGCCAGACUGGAUGGCUGCUUCGAGGUGUGGGAUCUGAAAAGGAGCUCCGAGAAGCCGGUUCUACUGCAGACCGUCUCUGGAAAGGUGUCCAUUAUACUUUCUUCUUUCAAUAGUAAUCCUAAGAACUAUAUCGAUCUUAUUAACGUUAACGCGAUAAAGCUGAGCGCCAGCAUUUACCCGAACCCAACAGGUAUCGCUAAGAACCUAUUGGCAGUCCUGGACGGUCCGUCGACACUGAGAAUAUUCGUAGAACCAAUUGAAAAGGUCGCUGAUGAGGACCUAGAACGAGUCGAGUGGUUCGAAGAGUUCGCCUGGCGCGAGACCAAGCGCAAGCUCGACUUCAGCCGCUGGCAGGACGACUACCUUCGACAGCAUCCCACGGCUCUGCGACGCAAGGCCGAGAGAGAACAAGCCGAGGCUACCAGAAAACAUCGCGAGGCCCGUGAGAAGUUCCUAAAGGAGCAAGAGAUACUGGCUCGUCAGGAAGCCGAGCGUAAGCUAGCCCGUCGACGCGUCUCCAAGUCCGCGAUCUGGCGUCAGAACGAAGAGAAGCGCGCUGAAAGUAUCCUCCUACAGAAGAAGAACUUCGUGCCGUCGGAACUCGACGAGAAGCGUCGACCGUUGGUGGAACUCGAGGAGCAGCGGAGAACUCGAUCUCGCAAGAUCCGCGAACAACUGAGCCGAGCCGAUAAGAUCUUGGAGAAGAAGCUCGUCAGGGAAGUACCCGAAGCUCGACAGCUCGUCGAGCCUGUCACCACUGAAACGUCCGAGAAUUCCGUGGAGAAAAAAGACGAGGAGAAAAGGCAGAUGACCAGCGAGGACCACGAGGCGGAGUACAGGAGGAUGAAGGAAGAGAUGGAGACGAAGAUGAGAACCGGAGCUUACACGCCGAGCUUCGACUGGGCCAAGGCUAUGCUGGCUGGGGAGAAGAGAAUGAAGCAAUUGAAUAAUCGAUGAAUGAACGAACAAUAAAGAUUUUUUUACUUCGUCUCUCGAAUAAUGCAUUGUUUAGUCUGUCUGCAAUAUUCCUCUUAAUCCGUAAUCCAAGCCGCCGAACCGCACAGUCAUCCGAGUUAUUGUGCACGCGAACCUCUUUGCGAAGAGAGCACAUGCAGCUUCGCGUUCUCCGCUAUCUCAGCCGGCUUUUCGCGGUAUAAUGUCACGCCCGAUAAGAUAAGCGCACGCGUAUACGUAUGCGCGGCAUAAAAAGAAUUUUUUUCGUUUUCUCCGAUAAAGGAAGAAUGGCGCGCAGGUAUACACACAUAGAGUUUGCUGAAUGAAUGCGUAUAGAACAACUGCGGAUAUUUGAAAGCUAUAUAAUUGGCAAAUCGACUAAUAAUUGCAUCCUUGAAUUU